UGGUGAACGUCACAGCAGUGAUGGAAGGAGAGGCUCUACUGCCUUGCGACGUCUCUACUACACUUGAAGACGAUCACCCGGUUCUUGUAAUGUUUUACAGCAAUUACUCUGGCACUCCCAUCUACACAGUUGACCUACGGAACCAGAGGAUGACACAUCCCAAACACCAACCACUAUCAGUUCUCAAGAACCGUGCCAAGUUUGACCUGACCCCACGUCACUCUGGCCUGAACCUGGAGACAGUCUGGAGUUCUGACGACGGACUCUACCGCUGCAGAGUAGACUUCAAGAAAUCUCCGACUCGUAAUUCUAGAAUCUAUCUCAAUGUUAUAGUGCCACCAGACAGUGUAAGAAUCCUGGACAUAAAUGGCAACGAGAAGAGUUCUACCAUUGGUCCCUACGUGUUGGGAAUGACACUCACACUCAAGUGUGUAGCCAAGGGAGGUCGGCCAGCGCCGCGUGUGACGUGGUGGUCGGGCCACUCUGAGGUUCCUGGGGAGGUGGUGGAGGGACCCAGGGAAGUGGUCAACACUCUGAGAGUACCGUCACUCCAGCGUCACCACCUCCAUCACUCACUCAUAUGUCAGGCCAACAAUGCUGAGUCUGCUGUCCCUGUUACCGCUGCUGUCACUAUUGACAUGACUUUACCGCCCAUGUCCAUCGACCUCAUAGGUGUUGAUGGACCAAUCUCCGCGGGAGUGGGUGUAACUUUGGUGUGUAUCGUGGUUGGGGCGAGGCCUUCACCCACAGUAAGCUGGUGGUUGGAUGGACGGCCACUUAGAUCAAGCGGCGAGAGACUACUCGACAACGGUAAUGUUACUGAGAGCAAGGUGGUGAUUGUGGCCACUCCUGAGGACCAGGGUCGCUACCUCUCCUGCAGAGCAGAAACUCCAGGACUGCUUCAGUCAUCACUCGAAGAUGGCACCAAACUCGUUGUCCACUACGUUCCUGAGGUGCACAUCAACCUGGACUCACGUCUCCAGCUGCAAGACAUCAAGGAAGGUAUGGACGUGUAUUUCACCUGCUCUGUCAACGCCCUUCCCGCCCCUACCUCCGUCCUCUGGUACCACAACGUGAGUAACAUUAAAUACAACAGCAGCAGUGGUGUGGUUGUGUCCAACAUGAGCGUGGUGCUACAGAGAGUAGAGAGGUACACUUCGGGCAGCUACACCUGCAGAGCAACCAAUGUUGAGGGUCAAGGUGUAUCAACACCCAUCCUGCUACAGGUUAAGUACUCGCCUGUGUGCAAGCCUGGGCAGCGCUGGGUGUACGGUGUCGCUCACAACGAGAUGGUUAACGUUACCUGUGACGUGGACUCCCACCCACAGCAAGUGACCUUCAGCUGGGUGUUCAACAACACAGUGACUACCACUGACAUCCCCGAGGCUCACAUCACCAACAAUUUGACCCUUAGUAUGGUAAGCACUUUCUCUCACCAGGUGACAUACACGCCCCACACACAGAUGGACUACGGUUUUCUGCUGUGUUGGGCUACUAACUCAGUGGGGCAGCAGCGGGAGCCGUGUGUCUUCAAGAUCUUUCCUGCAAGGCCACCAGACACACUGAGGAACUGUACGGUGCUGAACGAGACUGUGGAGGCCGUCCAGGUUGGCUGUGGUGCGGGUUACGACGGUGGUCUGCCUCAGAAUUUCAUUAUGGAGGUCUACGAGACGGAAUCGCGCAAACUUAAGUCUAACGUGACAAGCAAGACAGCAGUGUUCACAGUGAGAGGUCUACCUUCCGGGCUGCUGCUGACUAUCAUCAUGUAUGCUGCCAACACCAAGGGUCGCUCUCAGCCAUCCCUCCUGCAGGCUGCCACCCUCCACAACAUCAACCAUAAACACAUCUCUGACGUCGUGCAGAGAGCCAGUGAACUGCCUUCCACGAUGGAGCUGCAUCCGUCACUCGCCAUCAUCUUAGGGGUAGUGGGCGGCAUCCUGGUCGUGUUAGUGAUGAUUAUUGUGGUGAUGGUGGUGAGACGACCACGGAGGGAGAUGACCCAGGCACGACUUAGUCAAGAAGUCUCCAGCCUCCACAUCCUGACGAAGGACGACAGCAACAGCGGUCGUCUUGACGUUGACGAGAAGGAUCCCGAUGUCAUUCCUGAUACCAGAGUGUUGGCUGUGAGAUCGGAGUCGGCGGUGAGCUGUGUGGAAGAGAGCGUGUGUGAGCUCUCAGAGACGACAGAUUCAUCUCCCCACCACCACGCUCUCUGUCCCCUACACUUAGGAGGCAGAGUGGACCUUAUGGACCAUCUGGGAGCAGCUGACGUCUACACGAUAUACGGAGACAUGGUUGGCAACACUCAUCCCGACACUGCUCAAGUCACUGCAGAGAUUUCCCAAGCUCACCCUGGCGCUUACGUGAACUCUAACCGCAAUGCACAUUCUAACUACUCUCAACCAGUACACAUUCACGCAGAGCCAGUUCAUGCCCUUGCGGAAUCUCAGCCCCACGUCCACCAAUCGCAAUAUAUCCAGCGGGAGUAUUCUUCUCCCCUCACUGUCGACAUGCACCGCUCUUCUUCCUAUCACCACAUGCCUCUCACCGCCACCUCUGUUCCAGCGCCCAUGUACACCCUCGCUUAUGCUAUGCCAAUCGCCCACACCCAAACCCUGCCCCACCCACGCUCAAGCCACGUGAGGAAUCGCAACAAUGCACUCCCACUUCAGCGGAGGAGCAGCUUGUAUAUGGUAAGAAUUUCUUUAUAUUCUUAUAAUGUGACUUCAACACUUUCAGCAGAAUGACAAAAAAUCGUAAUAUUCAAUUUUCA